UGCAGAUCAAUAUAGAGGAGGAAGCCAACAGGCAGCUGCAGCUGAGCAGUGUCAGAUAAGAAAGGAAGCGAAACGUCUGCUGUUAUCGGCACGAUUCUGGCGAAAAUCGACGGUCGCGGCGCCGAAAUGGGCCGACUCUUGAUAGUGGUGGUGCUGCUCGGUCUCGCGUUUGAGGGGUCCAAGGCCGACUGCAAUUUGGGAGAUGAUUUCAAAUUUGAGUUGACGCCCUGCGACUCUCAGGGAGGAAGAUGGCGGGUGCAGGUGCCCACAUCAUCAGACCAAUUCCAAAGUUGUUCCUUGCAGCAGCCAAAGAGGGUCGAUUCUUGUGAGUCAUCUUGCGCAGCCGGUCAAUUUUUCGACCUGUCUUCCUUGAGCUGCAGUCCUUGUUCGGCCGGGACUUACUCUUUAGGCGGUGCUGUUCUUUUUGAUAGCUGGGACACCCUACCCGAGGGUUUCCACUCGCAAGUUGAAUCGUUCCAGUCUUCGUUCAUCGGUCGAUACGGCAACGGCAUCAACUGCACUGCGUAUGGAUGGCAAGCCAAAGGGGACUUUUUGGCGUCCCUGGGCGGGCCGUGCGCAGCCACAGUAGCGGUGUCGGUGCGACUGGCAAGCGCUGGAAAUCUUUCGUACUGGUAUCAGUACUCGAAUCGCGACGUCAUUUUUGACUUUGAGGCGCAAAACGAGCAGUGCCAGAGCGUGGCAGACGCGAAGGAGUAUCGCUGGCCAUCAGCCACUGCCGAGGGCGAAUGGCAUCGCCAAGUGGUUCAGCUGAAGCCGGGCAACAACCUGCUUCAGUGGAAAACAAUUGGGAUGGAAACUUAUCCCGGCAAACCUGUGCUGAUCAAAUCAAUUGAAAUUAGCGGCAUGGCUAAAUCACCCUCCUGCACCCCAUGCAGAAACGGCACCUUCAGCUCAUCCGGCUCUCGGAAAUGUCAAGAGUGCCCUGAAAAUCACUUUUCCGUUCGGGGCGCCAGCUCCUGCCAGCCAUGCAACCCUGAAACCGAAUUUUCUCCCAAAGGUUAUCCCCGCUGCCUCAAAAGACACGUCUGCACAUCUAAAGAUUUUUAUGAGGCCAAAUCACCCUGCGACGCGAAUAACCAAACGCGGACCGUGUACCGAUGGCUGGAGCCAAAAAUUUGCAUGGCUGGUGUCGAAUUGCCCCAACCGGGCCCCAAACACCCCUGUAUGCCGUGCAAUCCGGGAAUGCGCCAAGCUUCCUCGACUGGAGCAACUGCCGGCGCCACUUCCUGCGAGUUCUGUCCGGUCGAGCACUUUUCCGAAGACGGUGGGCAGUGUAAAACGUGUCCGCCGAACACCACCCCAAACUACGGGUACAUGUUUGAACGGUGGGCUGAAAUGCCGGCGAUGAUGAGCUCAACUUGCCGCCAGCAAGAUGGAGCGGAAUGUGGAGGAAUGGCAGGUUGGCAACUGGCUGGCUCUCACAUUCACUCGGGCCGCCACCACGCAGAUGGGGCGUAUCUUCUUCUCUCCCUUAAUGUACCUGGAUUCCGAGGAAAGGGUUCGGUGGUUGGAGGGAGAAGGUUGGAGGUUGGGAGAGUGGCGUUCACCUUUGAGCUUGACUGCAAAGCAAAAUGCGAAUUCGUUUUCAUGGAGUCGUCUGACCGUCAAGGGAUGACUUUGGUGCAAAGCUGGAGUGGCGCCACAUCGAAGCACGAAUUCAGCCACCCUGUUUACACUAACGAUUCCUACACCUUCAGCUGGGCCUUCCAAAAAGCCUCUCUGAGUGACUUUGACAUCCUCUCCAAUUUGCUGGACGCGGACGUCGCUAGAAUUUUCUCCAUCAAUGUUACAAAUACCAUUGAUGGUGGAGCUAGUGUGUGCCUGCCAUGCCACCAGGAAACGGAGGAACUGGGCUGCAUACCGUGCCCUCCGGGUCAGUACGUUGACCCUAAUUCUACGCAGUGUACGCCAUGUCCACCGGGAACAACAGUUUCCGACCCUUUGGCGUAUGGCAUAGAGUCCUGCCAACCUUGCGGACCGGGACUGUCUAGCGUGGAUGGGGUCACUUGCACCUCAGACUGCGUUUUUCAGGGUGACCCUUCUUUUGACCUCUCCGCCCUUGCUGACACGGUUCUGAUAAGGGGUAGUCGCUUAUUCACUGCCUCUGGCGCUCAAUAUUACCACGUCUUCAACAUAAGUCUUUGUGGGAAAAUUCAGGCACAGUGCUCGAAUAACGUUUCAUAUCAAAUGGACGGUCAAACCUCUCAAAUCAAUUCAUUUGUUUGCCGAACAACGAUGGUGCCGAGUGCAUGGUCUGAGGAAGAAGUGAUUUUGUCCACGCAGUCGGUGACCCUUGGUGAUGAGCUGGUGGCUGUCACCAAAGACACGACCUUCAUGAACAUGGAGGUCAUCGAAGAAUUUUUGACUGCUAACACUUCACUCCACUUUUACUACACUACCCCAAUGGCGACGAGGUCGUGUCCGCAAGGUAGGACGACUGUGAUAAGUCUGAUGUGUGACCCUAGCAAGAGAGGAAAUGGCACCAUUGUCCUGCCAUCAAAGUGCCCGGACGGAACGUGCGACGGCUGCACCUUCAACUUUCUUUGGCAGACGGCCGUCGCCUGUCCCGUUUGCAAGGAGAAGGAUUACAAAUUGGUCAAGGGCGAGUGCACCUUGGGCUCGCAACUUCUGCACUACCUGGCUCCGACCAACUGCAGGGUUUUAGGUGACCUGCCCGCUACGAAGGCUGUCAAAUGCCAAAAUCACAUUCCCGUCGAGCUUCAAGCCAUCAUUGGUGGAACGGUGAUGGUUGCGGCACUUUUGUGCGGUUUGAUGGUUCACUUCUGGCGCAAAACGCAGCGCUUGGAGUACAAGUACAUGAAACUGGUGCAAAACUCGACUUCUGGCAGCGACGGCGCCGAGUUGCCUCCUGCCGAGAGCUGCGCCCUGGACGAUGGUGAAGAGGAGGACGUUCACUUCGCCCAACCCGCCAAGCAAAACUUCCUCAACCGAAUCAAAGCCAUGACCAGGAAGGUACGUCGGAAGGUGACAGCAGUGCCUUUGAAACGAUACAACUUACACAAUGACGAAGUCGGCUGAGCCUCUUGAACGUGACCAAAAGCUUCAAUUUUGUAAUUUGAAAAUAUUGUGUUCUAUCAAAUAUGUUGCGUAAAGAAAAUAUUGAAAUAUUCGUCUAUCUGUGUUAUAUCAGGGUUUUUAAUGUGUUACGAUUCGUGAUUUUGGCGGCUGAGUAAAUUAAUGUAUCGGGAAAAUUUCACCUUGUAAACACGCACCUUUGUCGCUAUUACGAUAAUAAAAUAUAU